GUUUUCUGAAUCUUUUCACACAAACUUUGUCCCCAAAUUCACACAAAAUUCCACAACAUCAAGUAAUCAACGACAACUGAUUUCAACUUUCAAAAGGCGUCAAGAGGAAAUAAAUCUGUAAUUAUUUGUGAACUGAAGCUUGAUUUGAAGAAGAUUGUUCGAGAAGAUAUUGAUUUGCUGUUCAUGGCGUUAGGGUUUUCCGAUAGAAAUACUGAGAUGAGUCCUUAUAGUCAACAAUCGAAUACGUCUGCUGUACCGAUGGAUAGCUCGAAAAAGAGGAAAACAAGGAGUAGGAAAGAGGCACCAGAGAAAGUGGCUGCAACUCUUGCCAAGUGGAUAGAAUAUAACAAGGCUAAUGAAGACGGUAAAGCAAAAACUCGAAAAGCACCCGCCAAGGGGUCGAAGAAGGGUUGUAUGAAAGGGAAGGGCGGGCCAGAGAAUUCCAGAACUAAUUUCAGAGGUGUGAGGCAAAGAACAUGGGGUAAAUGGGUCGCUGAGAUUCGUGAACCGAACAGGGGUAGGAGGUUAUGGCUCGGGACUUUUGGGUCUGCUGUUGAAGCUGCGUUGGCGUAUGAUGAAGCUGCUAGAGCUAUGUAUGGCACGUCUGCUCGGUUAAAUCUUCCAAAUUGUCGGUCAAAGAACGAUAUACUUCCUUUGCUGGUGACUAACCCUGCUUCUAGUUGUGACUCGACCACCACAUGUAGUUACUCUGAGGUCGAUGCAACCCAUGAUUCCAAACCGGGUCCGGCUGUGUUUCCAAGCGUUAAACAUGAGGAGAGUGUACAAGUGAAACACGAACCUGAGAUUGUAGCUAAAGAAGAACAUUGUGUAGACAAUAACGAUUUGGGCUUUGAUAUUGGUGAUGAGAUGUUUGAUCUGGAGGAGCUUCUUGGGGCUGUCGAAGACUCUAAUCCCGAGGCGGGAUCUGGUGAUGGCUAUGAUGGUCGAUUUGUGAACGGAGCGGAUGCUAAUGAAAACAUGCAAAUGUACAUGCAGCCAGAUCCGUGCGUGAGCGGUCAGGAUUAUAGUUUCGAUUUCUUGCAGCCGGGACGGCCUGAAGAUUGUAGUUUUACACUGGAGGAGUUGGGUCUUGGUUUGGAUGCUGAGUUGGAUCUGUAUAGUAACUAGAAGUAGAAUCUUGAACUAACUGUGAUGGUAUUUUGGUUUUACUGAACUUGGAUUGAACCGGUUCUCUACAGGUUUUUUAUGUGGGAAAUUGGUAUCUAUGUAUGGUUUAACUGAAUGUAAAUAACAUACUUAACAUUAGAUAUUAAGAUGCUGCAAGAUUUCAGCUGGGUAUGUCUGACAUGUUCGUUUCU